AUGUUCCCCCGCGCCUCUCCGCUCCUCUGCGCCGCGUCGCUGCGUCGCGGCUUCGCGGCCGCUGCCUCGGGCCCCUCGAAGAAGAAAGUCGCUGUGCUGGGCGCCGCCGGCGGCAUCGGUCAGCCGCUGUCGCUGCUGCUCAAGGACUGCGACCACAUUCAGCACCUGAGUCUCUUUGACGUGGUGCACACGCCGGGCGUCGCCGCCGACAUUGGCCACAUCAACACGCGCGCGCACGUGACGGGCCACGUGGGGAUGGACCAAGUGGGCCCUGCGCUCGAGGGCGCCGACGUGGUGGUCAUCCCGGCCGGCGUGCCGCGCAAGCCCGGCAUGACGCGCGACGACCUCUUCAACACGAACGCCGGCAUCGUGCAGGCGCUGGCGCGGGCGGCGGCCACGCACUGCCCCAAGGCCAUGAUGCUCGUGAUCGCCAAUCCCGUGAACUCGACGGUGCCGAUCGUGGCCGAGACGUUCAAGCAGGCGGGUGUGUACGACCCCAAGCGCCUCUUUGGCGUCACGACGCUCGACGUCGUGCGCGCGGCGACGUUCGUGGCAGCGCACCAGCAGUGGGACCCGCGCGAGACGAACGUGCGCGUGAUUGGCGGCCACGCCGGCACCACGAUCCUGCCGCUCCUGUCGCAGCUCGAGCACGCGGCGUUCUCGGACGAGGACAUUCGCCAGCUCACGCACCGCAUUCAGUUUGGCGGCGAUGAGGUCGUGCAGGCCAAGAACGGCACGGGGUCGGCCACGCUCUCGAUGGCGUACGCUGGUGCGCGCUUUACGACGCGCCUCUUGGACGCCAUGAACGGCGCCAAAGACGUGGUCGAGUGCUCGUACACGCAGAACGACGUGACGCAGCUGCCGUUUUUCUCAGUGCCCGUGACGCUCGGGCCCAACGGUGUGCAGGAGGUGCACCACUUUGGCGACCUCUCGAGUGUCGAGCAGGCCAACUUUGACGAGAUGAUCGUGACGCUCGGGGCCCAGAUCCAAAAGGGCGUGGAGUUUGCCAACCAGAAGUAA